AUGGACACUCUAGACUCCGUCAUGGAUCCUCUCAGAGAAUUCUCCAAGGGCAGCGUCCGCCUUGUCAAGCGUUGCCACAAGCCUGAUCGCAAAGAAUUCACUAAAGUCGCGUUCCGUACCGCCAUUGGAUUUGUGGUGAUGGGAUUUGUUGGAUUUUUCGUUAAAAUGAUCUUCAUUCCCAUUAACAACAUCAUCGUUGGUUCUGCUUAG